UGUUUUUUCGAAGACCCCACCUUCAUUGUGACAGGCGACCAGUGAAGAGUGUUUUCACAAUAUCGCUGCUUAUACAUAACCAUCUGAUUGACGGGCAUAUAAGCACGGCGCCGGGCGUCUACGGCAGAGUCGAUCAAUAUAUACCGGCCAUCAACCGAUUCAAAUCACAUUUCGGAACGCGGCAUCGGUUAUUCGUUGUUUCCAUCGUGUAGAUAGUAGAGGAAAAAAGGUGGAUGGUUGAACUAUUGAACAUUUCUUCUGAACAAUUCGAUUGUGGGAUAUUUUGUUAACUGAUUUAUUGAAGACACGACCAACACAUGGAAAACAGUUUGCAGUUUCACUUUGUUGUAGUAUUGUUAAACACUUUGUAAAAAACAGUUUCAAAUCAACAUUCUGAAUGCUUCAUUGUGGAAUACUUUGAUAAGAAAUUACUGAAGACACCAGACGAAAAGUUUGCAAUUUUUUCCAUUAUAUUAAAAGGAACAGUUGCAUCAUUGUUUUCUUUAAUAACCACAUUUAUCCCGAAACGAAUAAAUUCUAUCAAUCAUUACCCGACAACUGUUAGCACAACAGUUUCAUUUGGACAAACGUUGACUAACAACCAUAUGUUUUUUUAAGUCGAUGUAUUGUAUUGGCUUAAUAAAAGGAAACACGAAAAGUGAAUAUUAGCUAGGAAACUAAAAAAACCCACAAAGUUAAUUUCACUGUUAAGUGAACGUAAAAAAUACAAAAAAGUGAAUAUUUGGAAACACACAAAAGUGAAUAUUAGAAAAUACAAAAAGUGAUUAUCAAGAAAACUCAAAAAGUUAAUAUCAGUUAGGAAAACAUACAAAAAAAGAGAACAUCAGUUAUGGAAGAAAAUAACUGCCAUCUCCUUAACUCGGAUAACUCGAAUGUUUCGCACCUCUACAACUUAUCGGAAUAUCGCAACUGUAAUGGAAGUGGAAGUGGCGAGAGAGGCCAAAUGCCGGUGAUUCCAACGUACCUCCUUGUUGCGACGACGUCUCUGUAUAUCAUUAUCUUUAUCAGCGGGACCGUCGGCAACAUCCUGGUCGUUGCUGCUGUCGGUCUGGAGCGGAGCAUGCGCACCUCUACAAAUGUGUUUCUCGUGAACUUGGCCCUGGCUGAUCUGAUGGUUAUUCUCAUUGCUCUACCGACAGCCCUCACCGAAGUGUUUGCUGAAGACGAGUGGUACUUCGGAAAUGUAAUGUGUAAACUGGUUCCCAUCCUGGAAAACUCGGUCGCGCAUGCGUCUGUCCUGACGAUGCUGGUAAUCGCCGUAGAGCGGUUCCAAGCCGUCUGCUACCCGCUGACUCUGAGGAACAAGAAAGUGUUUUCAAUAACCAUCAAGUGGGUGACCAUCGCCGUCGUCUGGCUCGUCUCGUUCAUCUGCUGCCUGCCUUUCCUCUACAUCGCCGUGUAUCGGGACUCGCGCUACCUGGACGGAACCCCCAUCAAGGUGUGUCGACAGUACAUGAAGUACUCCUGGCAGAAGGUCUACGUCACCAUACUCUUCGUCGUCUUCUUCGCGAUCCCGCUCUGCAUCAUGGCUGUUCUCUACGGAUUUGUGAUUCUCAAGCUGAAGCAGAAGUCCGGCGUCCUGUACAAGGAGAAGAACGAGACGUCCAGUCGGGUGCAGAACGCGCGGAACAAGGUGAUCAUCAUGAGCAUCACCAUCACCGUCCUGUUCUUCAUUCUGCACGCUCCGCUGAGGAUCGCGGGGAUGUGGAUGACGUUCACGCGAGCCAGUAACAUCGACGCGCUCGGGUUCGAAGGGUUUUGGAAUCUGAUCUGCAUCAUUCGCGUCAUGUUUUACGUCAACAGCUGCGUGAAUCCCAUAGUGUACGGGAUUGUGUCUUCGAAAUUCAGACGAGAGUUUUGGAAGAUCUGUUGCAUGAAGAGGCUGUACAGUCGCAGGGCAGACAGUUGGGGCAGCUCUAGGAUGCUGUCAGUGAGCGGGCGGCCCAUUUCUCAAACCACCGUGUAGUAGAUUCCAAAAUAGUUAUCACUGCCACUUCUUUUUAUAGGUGCUUCAAUUUUUUUUAAAGUAUUAUCACUUCUUCGGUGCUUCGGUUUUUAACAACACGCGCAGCAUAGAUUGUUUAAUCAGCAUUUAUGGGUAUCUAACCAUGGCAGCUGAAUAUGAUAGGUUUUUCACACAUUGUCUUCGCAGACUGAACAGAAUAUUGUGGAGCAUUGGUUGAAAUGGGAAACCGCCUAGGAUGAGUGCCUCUCUACGACACCGGUGUUGUUGGUUAUGUGUGUUACUGUCUGUCAUUGGAAUCAGUCAGUCAACCAUCUGAAGGUUCCAGCACGUCUGUCGUGGACAAACAUUCCAAAUUUGACGAGAAAUAUAUCCAUGGCAGGUCUGUCACCACGUCCCUACAGAUGUAGAAAUCAGAGGAAUUUGUCAUUUGACUGUACAUCCAAUGAUUAGCUAACAUUUUAUAUUUACAUUUAUUUUUACUUUUAUAGUAAUUGGCGUGUAUAUAUGUACGUAUGUAUGUGUAUGUAUAUAUACGCAUCGAAUUCCUGCUAUAUUAUUUAGCUCAGUCGGUUGAGCGCUCAUCUGAGGUGCUUGCGUCGUAGGAUCGAACCACCUCGGUGGAUCCAUGCAACGACUCAAUGGGUAGGUGUACGACCAAUACACCCUCUUCUCUCUACCGA